CCGGAUGUGUACUCAGUGGACUGGAAUCUCAGAAAAAAAAGCUGUCAAAAUAUCUCUGGUCUGGGGCUCUUCACAGCCACACCAGCCUCUUACGUUGUUAUUUAUAUCGCUCCCCAGUUAGGUUUGCAUCAAACCUAAUAUAAUAAGAUAGAAUGGAAGAAGGCAUUUUAACAACGCUGAAGAUAUUGAUAAUCGGAGAAAGUGGUGUUGGAAAGUCAAGUCUCCUAUUAAGAUUCACAGAUGACACAUUUGAUCCAGAUCAAACUGCAACAAUCGGUGUCGACUUUAAGGUGAAGACCAUCAGUGUCGAGGGCAACAAAGCCAAGUUGGCAAUAUGGGACACGGCGGGCCAGGAGCGCUUCCGAACCCUGACGCCCAGCUACUACAGGGGAGCCCAGGGAGUCAUCCUGGUGUAUGACGUUACACAGCGCGACACCUUCACCAAGCUGGACAACUGGCUGAACGAGCUGGAGACGUACUGUACGAGGAACGACCUUGUGAAGAUGCUGGUCGGCAACAAGAUAGAUAAGGAAAACCACGAACUAGACAGGAACGAGGGGCUGAAGUUUGCGCGAAAACAUUCCAUGCUUUUUAUAGAGGCCAGCGCCAAGACCCGGGACGGAGUGCAGUGUGCCUUUGAGGAGCUGGUGGAGAAGAUCAUCCAGAGCCCCGGGCUGUGGCAGAGCGAGGGCCACGGCCGCGUCCACCUGACCGACGAGGACGCGGGCGGAGGCAGCUGUGGGGGCUACUGCUCCCUGGUGUAGACGCCACACACACACCCACAGAGAAACACACACACACACACACACACACACGAAUACAUGAAUACACGCGCAUACGCACAUGAAUACACUCAGACACACGCACAUUAAUACAUGCGUGCACACACACACACACACACACUCGUGCACACACACAAAUACACACACAAUACACUCAGACCCACACAAACAGUCAUGCACACUCACACACAUGGACCGCACAUGUACAAAGAUUCUGGCGCUAGAUGGGUGCACAGACACGGACGCUGACAAACACAUGAUGAAAACAGAAAAAGGAAAGGAAAUCCCUGCAGCCCCAUUGUGUCCGUGUGCGUGAGUGAGUGUGUGCGUGUUGUCCUAAGCAGAAGUCCAUCCAUAAACAUUAAAGACUCAGACUGUGGCACUUUUCCCUGUGACUCCCAAGAUGGGUCCUGCCUCUUAACAUUCACCAGCCGUGCUCAUAUACAGUGUUCUCGUUUUUUUGGGGGGGCCGGGGUGUUUUGUUCAAUCCCCUCACACUGCCUGAUGUCAGGCAGUGCUAAAAAACUCCUCUGAAAAUCUCUCGCACCCCUUCCUGGCAUGUGCCCCGAUUAAUUAGGAAGCUUUUGCUUGGUCAUUUGUUUAGCAUUUAUCUGUCGAAGGACAGACUUCCGUGUUUUUUUUGUGUGUUCAUUUAUUUUUAUUUUUGAAAUGCUAAAAAGGGAAUCCAUUUAAUGUUCAUUCUUGCCAAUCUGACUUGUCAUUUUAACAUUGGUUUGUUAUUUUUGACCAAAGCCUUCCAUAGUGUCUCCAGCAUGCCUUUUAUUGUCCUAUACACACACCCGACCCCAGCUCUGCAUGUUCCCUGGUCUCUGCCCAAUCGCAUGCCUGAUGAUAAUGCAAACCCCCCCCCCUACCCAUCCUUUUUCUUUACAGCAUAGUCGGGUCCUUUAAUUUUUUUGGACGGACAGUUUACAAUAAAACAUAACGAUUCCAAAGCUUCAUAACCCGCUCUUGGAAAGGCUGCUCGUGAAUGGAGGACUGGCACGGAUUAGCUCUCCCAGUCAUGUCAGGGGAAUAAGAGAAGCUCAAUAAAUGGCACACUUUUUUUCUAAGAAAGAUGUUGCUUUAAUGUGGGGGAUCUCAUGCUGGUCUUCCCUUGUGUCACCCCCCCCCCCCCGCUCUAGCAGAUAGCGUUAGUAAAAUAUUGGUUAUUCCGACCAAUGGCCUUUUUCAUAUUGGGGCCUUUUAUUCGCGACUGGACUUAGACAAAAGGAAAAAGUGUCCAAUAUUAAACAGGAUAGUGAGUCAUAGGGGUGUUUCCAUUGGAAUAGGAAAAAAAAAAAUCAAACGAAACCCGCUAAUGGGUUUACCAGUGCGGCUGUCGUCGUGCUGGUCUUGGGGAGGCAGAUACAAAUGUACCAUGGCCCUGACCCAUGACUGUGUUUGUAGUGACUGUGUUUGAGUGAUUGUCGCACGUCUGCGGAUUCCACGAAAUGUAGGACUGCGAGGCCGUCUCCUCAGGACAGGGAUGUGGACGAGGGCACAGAUGCCUUUGUGUCUAGUGAAAAUGUAGACGUUUUAUCGGCUUUGCACUGCAUGGAAAAUACUUUUCCUUUUUGUUUUGCUGUAUAUGUUUGCUGUAUAUGUCAUUACGGUGGCUCAUAAAUUUUUAACAAUAGGGUAAGUUAUUCGUUAACAUUAAAAACAAACCUGUUUAGAUUCUUAUGUUGACUCUUGUUCAAAGUAGAACUACAUUUAACUUUCAUCAGUAUAGACUUCUCUUUAUCUUGUUUAUAAUCCAUAUGUAAAAACAAUAUGCAGACUUUGUAAAACCAUGUGAUUUGAGGAAUCUUUCUGAAAUCUGUCCUGUAUAAUUUGUAAAGCUGUGCUUAUAAAUAUUACACCAUUAAAAUCGGCCAAUGUAUUAAACUCAAUAAAGUGCUUUUUCAAAACGAUUCCUCUUCUGUUCGUUCAUAUUCCGCGCCGUAUUUGUGGCGCCCACAAUGGCCGGUUCGAUCCCUGCAAGCCAACACUUCUAGUGGUUG